AUGAAUAAGGUGUUAGUGUUAUCACUGAUAUGUCUAAUUAGCAUCAGAGGAUUUGAAAUUGACUUCUAGUUGCUUUUACAAACAGGAUCUGAAUCAAAUGAUGCAGUAUAGGCUGUUUACGAUUUAUUGAAUGAUUUGAAGACAAGCAAUAUCGAAGCUUAGGGAGUGGCAGAUGAGAAGAACAUUUCAGAUGAGGAAAUUGGAUAGGCUAGAAUAGCUGCUUUAUCGAAAGUGAACGAGUUGAACCAAAAAGCAUGGGCAAGUGCUAAGGCUAGAAGAGAAUAAAUUGGAGUUGAAUACAGAGAAGCAACAGAUUACAUAGCUUGGGCUACAUAAAGAUUAGCUGAUAUUGAUAGAAGAUCCAUUGAAUUAUAGGAGUUGAGAUGUUUUUCAAAUGGUUUGUUUGUGAGAGCCAUCAAAUAACAUAAUGAUGCUUUGGGAGUGAUCAGAAUAUUAAAGAAUGAUUUAAGUGGUUAUUUGACAGGUUAACCAUCCUCAUUGGUUGAAGUGAAUGUGUAAAAUGUAUCAGACAAAUUGAAAUAAUACAGUCAACUGUUUAAUCAAGAUGCAAUGACCAAAUUUGCACAAUUAGCAGCAGAAUAGGCAUCAGGAAAUGCAGAGUUGCAUGCUCUUGGUCAAGAUGAAGGAUCAUCAUCAGACAGACAACCAGGACACAACAUUGGUCAAUUGGUUUAUAAUGCUCUUUCAGAUCUCGAGGAUUAGUUGAAAGGAUCGUUAGCCAAUUUGGAAGCCAAUGAGAUUGCAGCCUAUUAUCAAUUAGCCGAUUGGUUGGCAGAUACAGAAUCUGAAGUGGCUCAUCUCAAUGAUGAAAUCUAGAGAAAGACUUAAUUAUAAGACAAAUUGGUUGUGUAAGAGCAAGCUGCCCUUGCUGUGUAAGCCAAAGCCAACAGUGUAUUGAAGGAUUCUCAAAAUGCUAUAAAUGCAGCUACAGCUUCCUUGUAAGAGUUGAGAGACUUGUAUGAGACUGAGUUGAAUAGAAGAAAUGAGGAAAAUGCCAUAAUCGACGAGGUUAUUCAUAUUUUCAAAUAAUAAGUAUUGGAAAUGGCUAAUUAAACUUCUUAUGGAAAGAAAUGAUUAAUAUCGAUAUAUAUUAAUAUUAAAAUUAGAGAAAAAUAUUAUAA